CCGGCUCCUAGGCAGUAGGGGAAGCCCCCCGGGGGCGGGUGACCUCAGCUGGCCGCGACCCAGCCCUCCCCCGUGCGGAUCUCGCUUAAGAUGGCAGCGGAGACAGGGGAACUAAUCGGGGCUUGUGAGUUCAUGAAAGAUCGAUUAUAUUUUGCUACUUUAAGGAAUAGACCAAAAAGCACAAUAAAUACCCACUAUUUCUCCAUCGACGAGGAGCUGGUCUAUGAAAAUUUCUAUGCAGAUUUUGGACCUCUGAACUUGGCAAUGGUGUACAGAUACUGCUGUAAACUAAACAAGAAACUAAAAUCAUACAGUUUAUCAAGAAAGAAAAUAGUGCACUACACCUGUUUCGACCAGCGGAAACGAGCGAAUGCAGCGUUCUUGAUAGGUGCUUACGCUGUGAUCUACUUAAAGAAGACACCAGAAGAAGCCUACAGAGCGCUCCUGUCUGGCUCAAACCCCCCUUACCUUCCAUUCAGGGACGCAUCCUUUGGAAAUUGCACUUACAACCUCACCAUCCUUGACUGUUUACAAGGAAUCCGAAAGGGAUUACAGCAUGGAUUUUUUGACUUUGAGACAUUUGAUGUGGAUGAAUAUGAACAUUAUGAGCGGGUUGAAAAUGGGGACUUCAACUGGAUUGUCCCAGGGAAAUUUUUAGCGUUUAGUGGACCGCAUCCGAAAAGCAAAAUUGAAAAUGGCUACCCUCUCCACGCCCCCGAAGCCUACUUUCCCUAUUUCAAAAAGAACAACGUGACUGCAAUCGUGAGAUUGAACAAAAAGAUUUACGAGGCGAAGCGCUUCACGGACGCCGGCUUUGAGCACUACGACCUGUUCUUCAUAGACGGCAGCACCCCCAGCGACAACAUCGUGCGGAGGUUCCUGAACAUCUGUGAGAACACGGAAGGGGCCAUCGCGGUCCACUGCAAAGCUGGUCUGGGAAGAACAGGGACAUUGAUAGCCUGUUACGUCAUGAAACACUACAGGUUCACACACGCUGAAAUCAUUGCUUGGAUCAGAAUUUGCCGACCAGGCUCCAUCAUCGGACCCCAGCAGCACUUCCUGGAAGAAAAACAAGCAUCAUUGUGGGUCCAAGGAGACAUUUUUCGAUCCAAACUGAAAAAUAGACCUUCCAGUGAAGGAAGUAUUAAUAAAAUUAUUUCUAGCUUGGAUGAUAUGUCUAUUGGUGGAAACUUAACUAAAUUGCAAAGUGCUGAAAGGUUUGCAGAGAGUCAUUUAGAAGACGAAGAUGUGGAAAUGAAAAACAACGUAACACAGGGAGACAAACUACGUGCCUUAAAAAGCCAGAGGCAGCCCCGCUCCUCGCCAUCCUGUGCAUUUAGGUCAGACGAUAUGAAAGGACCCCAAAGGGCAGUGGCCCAGACUUUCAGAUUAAGUUCUUCCCCACAACCAUCUGUGUCUACUGUGAAGACCCCCAAAGUGUGUCUGUCCCCGUCAGCGACCGCCAAAAGGAUAAACAGAGGUUCUUCGUCUUCGGGUGCAAAUACAAGAAGCUUCCCCGUAAACUCCCGGCUAGCCAGUUCUCUAGGGAACCUGAACGCUGUGACGGAUGACCCCGAGAACAAAAAGUCCGCCUCACCCACCAAGGCAGCGUUCAUAGCCAGCCCGUUCACCAGCUUCUUGAAUGGCAGCUCCCAACCACCUGGCAGAACUUACCCUGAGCUCAACAACAACCAGUAUACCAGAAGCAGCAACAGCAGCAGCAGCGGUCUUGGGGGCAACCUGAACAGUUCCCCGGGACCCUUGAGCACCAAGCCUGAGGAACACACCACCGUCCUUCGGCCCUCCUUCCAGGGGGGGCUCUCUUCCUCCUCAGCGAGAUUCCUGAGCCGGUCUAUCCCUUCCCUUCAGUCUGAAUAUGUUCAUUACUAAGGCCUUGCCACACCAGUGAAGGCGGUUCCACUCUGAGACAUCAGGACGUGCAGUGUGGAGGGGACGGCUGUUCGCCCGGAGGAUGUCUCUGUCUUCUUACCUUAAAGAGUGUUAGACAUAGCACUGUGGACAGACUUGAGACCAGAGCACUGGCUAGCGACUACUACAGAUGCACUGUAAUGCUGUUUAGGGAGGUGUCCAUGCCUGGAAAGACAGUUUUAAUGUUGAAUUUGGUAUUUUAAAAGGUUAUUUUUAAUGUGUUUCGGUAAUGCAUUUGUUACUGCAUUUACAUGUACAGUGUUACACUAUAUACGUAUCAUGAACUUUAUAAAAGACUAUUUUGAUAAUUUUAUAAGUACAUCAGAUUAUGUAAAAGCUAGACUAUAUUUUGAUUUAGACUUUCCUGCUGUUUGCUACCAAAAAAUUUGUAUUUUAAAUUUGUUUAGCUUUAGUAUGGUUUUGUCUACAAAGAGUAAAUAAUUCUUCCUUAUUAAGUGAAAGUGAGGGAGCACGUAUCUAGAAAGUGAUUUUUAAUGCUCCCCCGUGAGUCCAAUAGAUCAGAGCAUUCUCUGCUGAAGUCUGCCUGAACUGGAGUUCAUCCAAAUUCAUCUCGACCAAGAGUGGGGAUGUUGAGAGGGUUUAUUUAGGAAAAAAAACCUUCCCUUUGUUUCUCUGCUUGAACCUUUUGAGUAGGAGGCUUAAAAAAAAGAAAAAACUUUAGCAUCUCUUUAGUACCAGAAAUCGCUGUGAGUCUCUCCUGAAAGCAUGACUUUUUUUUUCCUCUGUGAAAUGACAGAACAUUCCAAAUGCUUUUAUUUCUUUCCUCCUCUCAUGAGUGCUUUAAAAAAAAUGCCUUAAACCAUCUAUUUUGCUUAUACCUUCUUGUAAAUAGGCAAAGGAAGGAUAUGGAUUUUAAGAAUCAUGUCGACGGUUUGUGAGAACACUCUCAGUAAAUGUACAAUAAUGCUGUUAAAGACCAAAAAACAAACAAACAAAAAACAGCCCUUCAAGAGAGUUAAUAACUCAGAACAUUCUGCUUUGGGUACGAGGUGGUCAUUGCCUUGUAAGCAUGCAUGGUCUGAUGUCAUUUUCAAAGCAAUGAAGGAAUAAGCCAGAGAAAAUGCUGCUAAGUAGAUCUGUACACUAAAGGAGUUAUUUUAAUGGAGCACCUCCCCACAUGUACACACGGGUCUGUCUAGAACUAAUGUCAGAGAGAAAGGGCCCUCAAGGGUACGUUCAGCCCUUUCAUGUAAGUGUGAGUCUCUAUUUGUUUCCAGAAGCCUAUUGGCUUCUUGUCCAUAUGAGAUGAGAGAGUCUUAGGUACCGAUUCUCUUCCAGGCUGCUUGAGAAUGGGUAAAGCCUAGUUAAACUGAUUCAUGCAAAGUGCUUUAUUCCAACUGUUGAGUUAUUUAUAAUGUAUUUAUUAGGAGGUGAUAUCUUCAGACUAGUAUAUAUGCUUCAGCAAGACACCUUGUUCACAUUUUACACUUUUGAAAAGGCAUUGGAAUGAAUGUUUAACUCAGGUGUGUUAGCAUAAUUUCCCAUAACUGCAGUACCAAAUAAUUGCACUCACCUGAUGGAAAGUUGAAUUAUAUGUGUUUAGAAUAAAAAACAAAGAGGAAUUAAAUUGUAUAUCUUUUCUAAAGUUGAAAAGUAAAAUAUUUUACUAUGAGUUAUUAUUCUAAAAAGUUGGUUCAUUGUAUAGAAAGAGAAUACUAUUUCUUUCAAAUUAUCAUUGAAAAGUAAUUGAGGCAACAUUUGAGAUGUUGGGGAAGAGAACCAUAUGAUCAUUUUUAGUUGUUCUAUGAACACUAACGAGUGCAGCUACUAAAAUGAUUGUAAAGUUGACUACUGUAAAUUUUCCACAAUUCUGUGUGUAUGUAUGUCCUAUGUAUCUACAUGUGUAUGUCUUAAGCUUAUUUAUACACAUGUACAUGCAUAAGGCACACCAAGAGGGGAUGUAUAUAAUAUAGAGAUUAUAUAGCAGAGAGAUUCUCCACUUAUAAUAAAAAUUGUUUGCCAUGUAUUUUGUUAUGAAUAGUCUAUCUUCCAGAAGAUAUUUUGUUCUAUUUUGAAGUGUAGAAGAAUACACUGCUAAUAAAUAAAAGUUUUAUGCAAUCUACUCCUGGA